AUGGACAGAAAUGCCUCCAAGCAGCGCCACCGGACUGUGGAAAGGUCAUCCUUGGAUCAGCCGCGUACAGAUCCGAUCGAUGAUCCGACGCCAGACCACCAAGCUCCCGCCACAUCCCCUCAGAGCUUCACUCCGCGCUCACUUCUCGUCGGUCUUAUUAUCGGUGCCCUUGUUACAUUCUCCAAUACCUACUUCGGUCUGCAGACAGGAUGGAUCAGCACAAUGGCCAUGCCCUCGGCCUUGAUUGGCUUUUCGGUCUUCAAGGUUCUAUCCAAAUACUUGUCCUUCCCCUUCACACCAGUUGAGAAUGUCUUGAUACAAACGGUUGCUGGUGCAGUGGGAACGAUGCCCCUUGGAUGCGGUUUCGUUGGCGUCAUCCCUGCUUUGGAGUUCCUGAUGAAUCCUGGUGAAGAUGGGCCUAAAGGCGAUGGUGGAGAAGGCGAAGGAGGUCCUUUGAAACUUGGCUUCUGGAAGUUGGUUAUUUGGAGUCUGGGAGUCUGUCUCUUCGGUGUUGUAUUUGCGGUCCCACUACGAAAAGAGGUCAUUGUUCGAGAGAAGUUGCGGUUCCCCAGUGGUACUGCCUCGGCGUUGAUGCUCAAGGUUUUGCAUGGUUCUGGGAAAAACGAGAAGGUUAUAGCACCAGACAGCUCACGCGAAGGGCUUCUGAGUACGGAGGCCGAAGCAGCGGGACAAUCGCAAGAAGACACAGGCCUCUUGAAGGAUGGCGAUGCUGAAGACCAAGCUUCCAAAGAGCAAGAUUGGCGCUCAAAGAUGCGCAUCUUAAUUGGAUCAUUUACAGUGUCGGGUACCCUUUUCUCCUACUUCGUCCCUCUAGCCCGUACUAUCCCUCUGUUUGGCGUGGACAUGGCGAACAAAUGGCUAUGGACCCUUAACCCGUCACCCGCAUAUAUUGGUCAAGGUAUAAUUAUGGGCCCGUCAACGUGCAUGCAUAUGCUUUUCGGGGCAGUCUUAGGGUGGGGCGUUCUAUCACCGCUGGCUAAGACCCGCGGCUGGGCUCCCGGCCCGGUUAAGAACUGGGAAAGUGGCAGCCAAGCAUGGAUUGUCUGGAUAUCACUAGCCAUCAUGCUUGCCGACUCACUUGUUAGCCUUGGAUGGCUGGUGUUAAAGCCCAUCGUGAAUCGCUCUCCAGGAUGGAUAGCCCGCCUCCGAUCCACUGGCGCUGGUCAGUGGAUUGCACUUCGGCUGCAAUCUUCUCAGCACUCAUAUAUCAACUACUCCGCUUUGGAGUCAGAGCCUCGUAUUUCGUCCCACGAAGAUGAUGAUGACCACCACAGACUUAUGACUAUAAGCAAAGAGGAAGAGGAAGAGGAAGAUGCACCACCAUCUCAACUCAUCUCAACUCGCACGGUUGUGAUUCUCCUUCCCUGA